CGCAAAGAGGGCCCUGACUCCCCCUAAGACCUUCACCCUCUUCGUCCCGAACCCUGUCGGGACAAAAGUUGGCACCCAGCAUGCUCGGCUCCCUCCCACCCACUCUCACACCUUGUCCCCACACACCUACCUCCGAUCCCUCCCGUGAGCCUGGGGUCGAUGGUCGGACUGAGAGUUGGCGGAGUGUAUAUUGUGACAUCUCCCGGAGUUCCAGUGCCCCCCCCACCAGCCCACUUCUCUCUGUGACCUCAGCAGAGGGACAGACGGCAGAGCCUCUCUGGGCCGGGCCUCCCCUCCCCUCUCGCCCGGCAUCUCGAGCUGGGCCAUGAGCCCCGAAAUGCCCGAAGGUGGGGGAGACGAAGGGCUGAGCCCCGAGGCCAGAGAGCGGGCGGCCGAGCGUCUGCUGGGGCAGGCCCCUCCGGGAGAAUUCCUGGCCAUCCUGGCCGACCUCCGCGUCCUGCUCCGGGACGAGCAGCUGCUGCGGGCCCUGGGGUCCCGGCUGGCGGCCCGCCACCUCAAAGAUCACCUGACGCCGGUCCAGGUCGAGGGCCACCAGCUGCUGCUGACCCGCUUCAAUGACCUCGGCCCCCACGGCUUCCUGGACCCCCAGAGCCGGCUGUCCUUCGUGCUGGACCCGGUGGGCCUCGGCACGCGGGCGGUCUACGGCCACGGCCUCCUGCAGGACGAAGGAGAGGCGCUGAGGGCGGCCCUCUCCGAGGCCCUGGGCGCCUACGUCCGGGCCCACUUCCCCUCCGGUUGCUGGGCCGUGUUCCGGAAGUCCGUGGGGGGCCGCCCGGUCCUGGUGGCCUGCGUGGAGAACCACAGCCACCGGUCGACCGGGCCCUGGAACGCCGCCUGGACGUCCACGUGGAUGGUGACCCCGGCUCCCCUGGCGGCCCAGCUGACGGGCACCCUCCGCAUCCGGGCCCACGCCUUCCGGGACGCCAACGUCCACCUCGGGGUCCACAAGGAAGUGGGCCGGACUGUGGGGGCGGUGGACUGCUGCCAGCUGGUGAGCCAGGUGAUGAGGGUGUUGGAGGAGGAAGAGGGCGAGUUCCAGGAGGCCCUGCUGGACCAGCUGCGGGCCCUGGCAGAGACGUUGCUGCGGAAGGAACUGCGGAGGGCACUCCCGAUCACGCGCACCACCCUCGACUGGCCCAGGUUCGUGGCCGGGCUGAGGAGCACCGGCCCCCGCCUCCGGCCCCCCCGGGACUUCCUCCCUCCCGCCCCCGCCCCACCCAAGACCCUGAAGGUUUGGAGGUCCAUGGCCGUGGAAUAAAGGAGGCCUGCCUGGAGCGGGCCCUCCCAGAUGUUAUGAA